GUGAGACCCCAGGGGUGUGGGGCGGGGGAUCCCAGUCCCCACCCCGUUUUCCCCGUCCCUCCCCCUGCCUCCUUCACGCCCCUCCCCCUCCUCCUCUCUGGUUGGAAAGUUUCUAGAAUCUCUUCCCAGCGGCCUUUGCGGUUCCAACAUGGCGGAGCUGACGGUGGAGGUUCGCGGCUCCAACGGGGCUUUCUACAAGGGAUUUAUCAAAGAUGUUCAUGAAGACUCCCUCACAGUUGUUUUUGAGAACAAUUGGCAACCGGAACGCCAGGUUCCAUUUAAUGAAGUUAGAUUACCACCACCACCUGAUAUAAAAAAAGAAAUUAGUGAAGGAGAUGAAGUAGAGGUGUAUUCAAGAGCAAACGAUCAAGAGCCAUGUGGAUGGUGGUUGGCUAAAGUUCGAAUGAUGAAAGGAGAAUUUUAUGUCAUUGAAUAUGCUGCUUGUGAUGCCACUUACAAUGAAAUAGUCACGUUUGAACGACUUCGGCCUGUCAAUCAAAAUAAAACUGUCAAAAAAAAUACCUUCUUUAAAUGCACAGUGGAUGUUCCUGAGGAUUUGAGAGAGGCGUGUGCUAAUGAAAAUGCACAUAAAGAUUUUAAGAAAGCAGUAGGAGCAUGCAGAAUUUUUUACCAUCCAGAAACCACACAGCUAAUGAUACUGUCUGCCAGUGAAGCAACUGUGAAGAGAGUAAAUAUUUUGAGUGACAUGCAUUUGAGAAGUAUUCGUACGAAGUUGAUGCUUAUGUCCAGAAAUGAAGAGGCCACUAAGCAUUUAGAAUGCACAAAACAACUUGCAGCAGCUUUUCAUGAGGAAUUUGUUGUGAGAGAAGAUUUGAUGGGCCUGGCAAUAGGAACACAUGGUAGUAACAUACAGCAAGCUAGAAAGGUUCCUGGAGUUACAGCUAUUGAGCUAGAUGAAGAUACUGGAACAUUUAGAAUCUACGGCGAGAGUGCUGAUGCUGUAAAAAAGGCUAGAGGUUUUUUGGAAUUUGUGGAGGAUUUUAUUCAGGUUCCUAGGAAUCUUGUUGGAAAAGUAAUUGGGAAGAAUGGCAAAGUUAUUCAAGAAAUAGUAGACAAAUCUGGUGUGGUUCGGGUGAGAAUUGAAGGAGACAAUGAAAAUAAACUACCUAGAGAAGAUGGGAUGGUUCCAUUUGUAUUUGUUGGCACUAAAGAAAGCAUUGGAAAUGUGCAAGUUCUUUUAGAGUAUCAUAUUGCUUAUCUAAAGGAAGUAGAACAGCUAAGAAUGGAACGCCUGCAGAUUGAUGAACAGCUACGACAGAUUGGUAUGGGUUUCAGACCUUCUUCCACCAGAGGGCCUGAAAAAGAGAAAGGAUAUGCCACUGAUGAAAGUACCGUCUCUUCUGUACAAGGUUCUAGGUCUUAUAGUGGAAGAGGCAGAGGUCGUCGGGGCCCUAAUUACACCUCCGGUUAUGGUACAAACUCUGAGCUGUCUAACCCAUCUGAAACUGAAUCUGAGCGUAAAGACGAGCUGAGUGAUUGGUCAUUGGCGGGAGAAGAUGAUCGAGAGAGCAGGCAUCAGCGUGACAGCAGGAGACGCCCAGGAGGAAGAGGCAGAAGUGUUUCAGGGGGUCGAGGUCGUGGUGGACCACGUGGUGGCAAAUCUUCCAUCAGUUCUGUGCUCAAAGAUCCAGACAGCAAUCCAUACAGCUUACUUGAUAAUACAGAAUCAGAUCAGACUGCAGACACUGAUGCCAGCGAAUCUCAUCACAGUACUAACCGUCGUAGGCGGUCUCGUAGACGAAGGACUGAUGAAGAUGCUGUUCUGAUGGAUGGGAUGACUGAAUCUGAUACAGCUUCAGUUAAUGAAAAUGGGCUAGAUGAUAGUGAAAAAAAACCCCAGCGACGCAAUCGUAGCCGCAGGCGUCGUUUCAGGGGUCAGGCAGAAGAUAGACAGCCAGUCACAGUUGCAGAUUAUAUUUCUAGAGCUGAGUCUCAGAGCAGACAAAGAAACCUCCCAAGGGAAACUUUGGCUAAAAACAAGAAAGAAAUGGCAAAAGAUGUGAUUGAAGAGCAUGGUCCUUCAGAAAAGGCAAUAAAUGGCCCAACUAGUGCUUCUGGCGAUGAAAUUUCUAAGCUACAGCGUACUCCAGGAGAAGAAAAGAUUAAUACCUUAAAAGAAGAAAAUACUCAAGAAGCAGCAGUCCUGAAUGGUGUUUCAUAAACUGAAGAAGUUCCUAGUUUACAGUUCUUUUACAUUACAUUUUACAAUAGUGCUUGUACAAGCUUGCCAAAGAUAGAAUAUGGAUCGCCAGUCUUUACAUCGCACUUUCAGUUCCUCCAUUUGGAAUUCAGAAAGGGGAGGGAUCCUGAAGAAAUCAUAUGUUAAACAUACUUUGACACCUACUGUGUUAUAAAAUAUAUCAUCAGAUGUGCCUUGAGAAUAGUAUAUGUAACAUUAAAAAAAGUUGCUGGCUAUAGGAAAUGUUAUUUUG